UUUCAAGUUUCAAGUUCAAGAAAUUACUCAAAAAAGCGUUGCGGUUUAAAGUCAAAAUUUUUUUCAAAAUUGAAGCCCACACGUUUAUUUGUAUGGCAGGUUCGAACCCCAGUUCUGGCAGUUUUUUUUGCUUAUUUUUUUGUAAAAUUUAAUAAUAAAACACAAAUUAAAUUAAUAAAUUACGGAGUGGAGCAAUUUUGUCAAUAAUUUUAAAGCACACGCUACUUUUUAUCUUUCUAAGUCAGCGGUUCUCAAAAUUUGGGAAUUUGGGAUUUUCGGGGAAAACUCUGCAUUAAUAGGUAUAAUAAAAUUUUGCAAUUCUUUAUCGUAUCAGAUAUCUUGCGUUAGUUAAACCCUUUAAAUAAAUAGCUCAUCAAGAUAAAAUUCUACCCGCAAUAAAGAUAGUGGUUUCACGUUGGCGGCACAGUAGAUAGCGAAUUAUGCGUUUUAAUUACAUUGUGGUAAUUUUAAUAAGUGUUUGUUUAUUGAUUUCAACAAAAAACAUACAAGCUCAGGCCAAACUGUGCCGAUCCUCCCAAGGACUGAUCCAUCGAUCUUUUUGGAACCGAUGGACCGGCUAUUUGUGUUAUCACUACGACAAAAGAGUCAAAUUCAAAUACAAUUACACCAUAAUACCGUACGACUCUUCGUACAUCCCGGUCACAUUUAUCAACAACAAAACUGACUUUUUCUGGUACGAUUUCCGGAACGAAACGUCUUUAAAUUACAUUCGCCCAUCUUACAAAAGCGACACAAUUUUCGAAAAGUGGAAAACAUGUGCCCAGGAAGCCUCCAAUUGUUGCGAUUACUCCAUGACCAGUGAAAACAUUAAUCCAAGCGAUGAAUAUCCUUGUCCUGCAAUUUGGGACGACUGGAGUUGCUUCAGUCCUGCGAAAGCCGGCUCUGUCUCGAAAAUCCUUUGUCCGGACCUGACCUUUUCGUCCGAAAUACGCGAAUGCGAAUUACAAGCCCAGAAGGAAUGUUUCCGAAAUGGCACAUGGAAGUCCAAGACUGACUACGGCCCCUGUUCCGUACCUGCAGUUCUCAAAACGCGCCACCGAUUUCAUAUCAUUGUCUUGUCAGUGGCUGCGGUUUUAUCAGCUCCAGCAGUUGCGAUUUUUUACAGUUUUCGGGCGUUUCGCCUCCAACUCCGGUUCAUUUUACACCGGAAUUUAAUUCUAGUUAUUAUAAUCAAAAAUUUGUUGGUUGUUAUAACCAAAGAAAUGGUCAUAAUGGAGGCUUUAACGAGCGAUGGUGACGACACGAUUUUAAACGGAAACAGUGUGACUUGCAGAGUGCUUGCGUUUUUCGAAAAUGUGGCCAAAAAUGGCGUUUUCGCGGCCAUGUUUCUGGACGGGUUUGACUUGCACCGGUCCAUAGUCCGGCCCUUUGCAGACGCAAUGUCCUCACGUUUCGUCUAUUGCGCAUUUUUCGUUUUGUCAUGUUGUCCCGCCCUGAUAUGGGCCCUACUGCGAGGCUUGCACCAGGGGGAGUUUUGCUGGGUUGUUGAUAACACGGGCGACCAAUGGGUCACCGAUGCGUUCCGUUUGACCAUUUUGACAGUCAAUUUCGUCCUUUUGGUGGACAUUAUCAGGGUCAUAGUACUAAAAUUGAGACAUGACAGUGUGUCCCAACAAACCAAGACAACUCUGAGGGUGACUUUAUUUUUGGUCCCACUUUUUGGCGUUCAUAUCGUUAUCACAGUCAAUCGAAAUAUGGUGCCUGAUAACACUUGUGAUUCUAUGGAUGUUUACUACUUUGCCACUUAUUUGAUUGAAGGGCUUCAGGGCGUUUUGGUGGCAUUUUUGUUCUGUUACAUCAACAAAGAAGUCCAUCACGAAAUAAUGAACGCUUGGAGAAAAACAGUCAUUUGUUUGCAACAAAAGCUUGACGCAAAGAGUGAGAGGACGACUUCGGCAACAAUCGUGGAGUCUAUGACUUGUUAUUAAUUAAUAUUGAAUAAAUGAACAAUAGAAACGUA